AAUAAAAAUUAAUCCUCCCUAAUUAAACAAGAAUAUAUUGAAACCAAUCAAGUAGCCUUCCUAGAUGUAUACUCUCAUCUUGACUUCAUUUCUUUUGAUCUUUUAGCACAGUGGAGAAAAGAAAAAGGCAAAACAUUCAUGUAUAGAAGUCAUGGAACCAACCUUUUUUUUAAUCUAUAUUUUGGUAAAGUAUUUUUACAACUUCAAUGAUGAUGAAUUUCAUGAGUUGGGCACUUCCUAUCAACAUUCAUGAUAAGGAUCCACUGGAUGCAGUCGAUGCGGCUAUCGUACGCGUCGUGGAAGCUGAAUUGACAAAGGAAAGAGAGAAGACAAGGCUCAUGGAAGAGUCGUUAAGGGCCGAUCGAGCUGCACUGGAAGCGAAGGAGAGAGAACGAACAAUGCUUGUGAGAGAAAAGGAUCGAAUGGUUGCAACCAAAGAAGCUGGUGAUAAAUUGGUUGCUGUUUUCCUCGAAGCAGAUGGUAAUAACGAGAAUUUUGAUGAGAAAGCAAUGAUGGCAGCUAUUGUAGCUUUGCUAAGCCAUGACGGCGGCGAUGACGGGGACGGUGAGUGAUAGCUAGAGGCAACAGUGGCGGUUAUGGCGGCGUUUUCUGUGCCGACCACCGUGAAUAGGCUGAUGGCGGACAUCCUUUACUUUUCUUUUACAAUAAAAGAUA